UUAAAAAGUGGGAAAAAGCAUUUUUGGAAAUUUUGGAGUAGCUUGCGAAGGCCCAGGAAGCUAGAUUCCAUAGUCGUACUAGAGAAGAAUGUAGUUAUUGUGUUUUCCUGAAAGAACGCGCCAUGCAAAAACUCGAUGGCGACUACGAUGUGAACGAAAUAUGCCGUUUAUGUUUGCAGCAGCCACAGGGUGGUUCUUGGGUUGCGCUGUUCACCUCCAACCUACCAGUCAGCCCCUCGACGAUGAUAACGCGGUGCACCCGGAUCGAGGUGUACGAAAAAGAUGGGCUACCGGAGGCGAUCUGUAACGGUUGCUUCUUCAAGCUGGGCAUGGCGUACGAGUUCCGCAUCCGUUGCGAAGCGGCAGAUCUUAAACUUCGUCAGUAUUUGAAUUUACCAGCGAGUGCUCCAAAGGGCAACACCGAUCUCCUUCCGUCCAUUAAUGAAGCAGCGAUAACCGGUAAAGAUGACGAUAUCUAUGCGGCCAUGUCGGAGAUAUUCGGGCCGGAAGAACCCGAACCAAUCAUGCAAGAUGUAGCAACAGACAGCACAUUACAGACCAACGUUUGCCAACCGGUGGAAGAACCGGAGAAAACUGAAGAACCCGUUGAUACCGGCGUGAGUAAGGGCAAGCGACAUGCACCGCAGCUCAAGAACAAAUCGCAACUGGAUGAGCUACUCGUGAAGCAUAAGGAGAAGCUGCGGCUCGAAAGUACAAAGGUGAAAAUCUUCCGCCAAAAGCGCAGAACUCGCAAGGUCGGAGUGGACGGGCGUGUGCUGCUGGAAACACCGGAGGAGUGUUCCAUGUGCGCCAAAACGUUCCACUACCGGGACCAGCUGAGAAAUCAUAAACGAUUGCACCAUCGCAGCAAGAAGAGCUACGAAUGUACCGUUUGUCAGCGCAAAUUUAACUUGGCCAACAGCUAUCGUGUUCACCUGCGGACCCACAAUGCGGAGCGGCGCUUCCAGUGUGAGGUAUGCAGUAAGCUCUUCCGUACGACAGGCAAUCUGCAUGCACAUCUCCGUACGCACUCUGAAGAGCGGAACUUUGUCUGUACGGUCUGUGAACGAGCUUUCCGAUCAUCGAAGGAGCUCGCGAACCACGAGAAGGUGCAUAGCAACACGAAAGACUUUGUGUGCAGUGUUUGCGACAAGGCGUUUCUCAAGCGUUCCUAUCUCAAAACGCACAUAAACACAGUACACAUUGGAUUGAAGCGGCAUCAGUGUCAGGUGUGCGACAAACAGUUCUCCAAUAGUUCCAACCUGAUCGCUCACCGAAGAAUACACACGGGUGAGAAGCCGUUCAAGUGCCGGGACUGUGGCACCAGUUUCAAUCAAUCGUCGGCCCUGGCGCGACACAUCCAGAAGCAUCAUCGACCUAAGCCGGAUCCUCCGAAGCCAACGCCAGCACCGCUGGUACCGAUCGUAGAGCCCGACGAUCUAAUGAUCGAGGUAGAUGAAAACCGGUCCGUAGAAAGUACGGCCAGCUCCGAGCUAUCCGUAGCGACGUCAGUGAUGGAUAAUUCUCUUUCGUACGGUGGAAUGCCUUACGCUCAAACAUUUAUGCCGCAACAGCCGCCCACUCAGCUACAAACUCACUAUCAUCACGCACAUGAUCUCACGCAGCUACACCAACCACAUCACGUGUUCCAUCAGCAACAACCGGAACAGCAACAGCACCAGCAACAACAAGUGCAACCGCAACAUCACCAACAUCUUUUCCACCAGGAACAGCAACCAGAGCAGCAGCUUCACGGUUCAGCUCUGCAGCAUCAUCAGCAUCACCUUCAGCACCAUCACCAGCAGCAACAGCAGCAACAGCAGCUACAACAACAUCAACAGCAACAACCAUACGUACAUCAGUCAAUGGGUGCCAAUCAGCAGCUCGCAACCUCGUCCAAUCUCUACUCGGCCGACUAUUUGCCAUAUCAUCAUACGGCCCCUUCCCAGCAGUCACACUACGAUCUGGGAGGUUACGACAUGUGCUACAGCAUGCCGGCACCGACCGUCCUCAAUCCAAGCCUUAUGAAUCCCCAACCGACGUACAUCUUCGAUCAGUGAUAUGGCUAGUGAUGGACGGUAUGACAUAAGAUGAAGAAGCAAUAAAUGUUCCAUUAAUUAGUGAAGUUUUGU